AUGGGCAAUCACAACUACGAACGCGCGCCGUCAAGCGACCACUCGGACGAUGAGAAUGCCAGACUAUCUCUCGAGAACCAUGAAGCGAAGUUGGACGUCGAUCUUGAAGAGCAGAACCACGAGAAACCAAAGAGACCGUCAAGCAGGGCACAACUCUCGUUCGCCUGCUUCCACUUCUUUGUCACCUUCGCGACUUUACACAUCGUCUCCAGCCCACGAUUCGGCUACUUCGCACGACGAAAGACGACUAUGAGAGAAGUACUACCACUUGGCGCUGCUAUGUGCUUCAACGUCGUACUGCCAAACCUCUCCCUCGCAUUCUCUUCCGUCAUGUUCUACCAGACUAGUCGGAUCCUUCUUACACCAGUCACGGCUGUUCUGAACUAUGCCUUCUAUGGCAAGACAAUUGCGAAACAGGCGGCAUACACUCUGAUCCCUAUCUGUUUGGGCGUCGGCAUCGUUUCUUACUACGAUAUCAAGCCGGGAGCCAACACGCAGAGCACUAGCUUCAUGGGCGUCGUGUUCGCGAUGACCGGCGUGGUCGCCAGUUCGAUCUACACUGUUUGGAUCGGGUACUUCCACAAGAAGCUCGAAUUGACCAGUCACCAGCUCUUGCACAACCAGAGUCUCUGCGGUGCGGUGAUGCUGCUUUACUUCAUACCAUUCAUUGACUCAUUCCCGGUCUGCCUCUUUGGUGUUGUCAUUGCGGUGGGAGGCAUUGUUCUUUACUCUGUCGCUACGACACUCUUCAAAUAG